UGUUUACAAACAAAUGAAGUCAUAAAGCAUCUUUACCUCAAGACAUGAUUCAUAGGUCUUGUUUCACCUUCAUUUAGUUCAUAUCCGGUGUACAAUUAACUAUACAAUACCCCAGAGGUCUGAAGAUCAAGACGGGAUAUAAAUUACGGUUGUAUGUUGAAGGAAAUAAGUUUUUUUUCACCAUUUUGUAGCUCAGCCUCGACUACAGCCAGUCCUUGUUAACGGAUGUUUUUGGUAUAUCUCUCGAGUUGUAGUGUGGCCAUGUAAGAGUGUGUGGUUGAUGUACUGCAACGAAAUCCAGGUAUGAGAUGGACCCCAGGCAAGGAUCCUACAAGGGAAAGGGCAAGAAGCCUCUAGGAACUCGUCCUGGCAGGAUGGACAGUGAGCUGCUGGCGCUACAGUGGAUGGAGCACUCACGAAUUUUCAGCCAGGCCAUCGGAGGCCUGCGAGGCAAGGCUGCUUAUACAGAUGCAACUUUGGCAUGUGAAGGACGUUUCUUUCCAGUGCAUAAAUUUGUGUUGUCCACCUGCAGUGAAUAUUUUAAUGCCAUUUUUGAAUGGACCCCCUGUGUGAAUCCUGUAGUUGUUCUGAACAAUAUCUCAUGCAAAGAACUUGAGGCCCUUCUAGAUUUUAUGUACAUUGGAGAAGUCAAUGUGCGGGAAACACAAAUUCCAGGGGUUAUGCACGCAGCAGAGUGUCUGAGGAUCCGAGGACUCACAAUGGUUGACGACGAGGGCUUCAAAACCCAGUUAUCAGCCAGGGCUCCUUCAGAUGAUGGGCCAGCCAAAAAGAAGAGACGCCAAGAUGUUAGGAAGAGUGUCGCAACUACCUCCAAAAUACAUCUUCCGCCUCCCAUGAACCCUCCUCCACAUUCAACAUCUCACGUGCAGCGCCCUCAGCCUCCAGCAUCAGCACCACAGUUAUCCACCGAGCCAAAUUUGCCACCAAUUACUGAAUCUCGUGAACAUGUAUCUCUUACCCAACAUAAGCCUCAGCUCCAACAAAUACAGCUGCAGCAGCAUACUUCUCCCAUUCAGAACAGCACACUCCCCCAGCCACCUCACACCCCACAACAUGGCCAUAUGAGUGUGACACAAAAUCACCAAGACCAGACUUCUCCCACACAACUUCUACAUCCUCCUCAUCCCACCAGUCCGACAGAUCUCUCAACUCACGGACAGGCUCAAGAAGUGACUCUAUCUCAGUCUCUGACUCCAAUUGAGAAAGUUAUUCAGGCAGUAAAACUGGAACAUGCACUUGAAUCACAAGCUGGGGAUGGAGCAGUGGGAAUACCUGAAUUGUUGGACAGCUUUGUUGACAUCCGGCCACUAUAUGAUGCCAAGGCAGCACAAGGAGAGGAGAUUGCAACAUUUCACUCAGCGGAAGCAAAUGACAACCUGUAUGACUUUACUGAAGAAUUUCCUGAGACUUCUGCUUCUUCACAUUCAGAAGUUCAGUUUCAGAGGGGCCAAGCCAACACCAGCUCUCUUGUGAAAAUUGAACGAGCGUCCACUGGGGAUGAAGGCCCCUAUAAGUGCCACUACUGUAGUAAGGUUUGCCAGAAGAAAGAAAACUUAAAUCGACACAUGCGUACCCACACCAAGGAGCCCUAUGUCUGUUCUGAGUGUGACUUCACCAGCAAUAGCUACAAAUCUUUUCUUGAUCACAAGAAAGUUGAGCACACAAAGAUUCACAAAUGUUCUUUCUGUACCUUUACCAGCCAACGCCAUGACAACGUCAAGCGCCACAUGUUGGGUCACACCGGCGAGAAGCCCCACAAAUGUCCGCAUUGUGAUUUCAGGGCAAAACGCCACCAGUACCUUCAUAAACAUAUUAAAAAUAUUCACAAAAAGAAGUAAGUCCAUUUUUGUGGAUAUGGAGAAGGAUUGGGAUUAUUAGGAGUAGGUUCUGUGAACUGUUCUUGUACCCAAUCCUCACUUUAGUUUGAAUCUUCAAACAACAGUGAAGAACUUAUAUCAUACAACUGCCUAGACACUUAUUGACACUGAUAGUCAUUAAGGGUGACAGAUGUCAUUUGCAAGUUCACUCACCAUAUUUUCUUAAUAAAGACUUUAGUCUUUGUAUAUUGUACUAGGGACAAGAUAACCAAGAGCUGUCACAUCAAUUACUUAUUGUGACAGAAGAUUCCCUCAGUGCAAAGCAAAGGUAAAAUUACAUUGCUGUUUGUUAUCAAUGAAUUGCAGGUUUUACUAUUAUUUUUUGUUAAAAUUUUUCUCCUUUAGUACAAUACAAUCUACAGGAAUUUAAAUAACUCAUUACUGCUAGAAUUAGAACUGCAGUGAGUCAAAAGUGUAUUUAAGUGAGGAAGAUACAAACAGGUAUGAAUAUUUCCUGUACAGUGUUUUGUGUAUUCAGAAGCAAGGCUCUUACAUUCUCAAUACUGUGCUGAGAGACAUGCAGUAGGAAUUUGGGUAUUAUAGUUUUCAAAGUGAACUUAUUUUGUUUUGUUAAUUUGUGGAUGACUGUUGAGUGUGUGUUAGACUGAGUCAUAACAUAUUUAUUCAGUUGAUUCAUGGCAUGUAUUAAAUAUUUAAUUUCAUUUAUGUUAAACCAAGUUACUAAGCAUGUAUGAUGACCUUGCGAGCCAUUAUACUGUACUGGGUAAUAAAGGAAUCAGUGUUAAUAAGUAACAUGGUCAGUUGUGUAUUUCCUCUUAUUACAGAGGUGCUAAAUUUGAUGGAGUUAGAAUAAUGGCAACAGUUGUACCAUUUUUUGAUAGUUGGAAAUUUCAUUAGUAGAUUCUGAGUUCAUGAUGUGUAAGACCAAAGUGAUUAGGCUAUAGUAAAGCACAAGAGAGUACAAAGGCCAUUUUUAGGUAGUUGUUAUAGAUGAAAAUGAACAAAUAUUGGCAGCCAUGUGCUCAGCUGACUAAAGAUUUUUUAUUGGGAAAAAAUGGAUUUUCAUACAAAUAUUACUACUGUACUGUACCCCAAAUUGUAUCCCCACCAGGUAUAUAUCAAGUUGAUCUUAUUGGUUGUUGGAGAACUUUUAAAAUUAACAGCAACAACAAUAUAGAUAAGACAGGGCUGUGGCAAUAACUCAGCCAGUAGAGCUAAAUGACAUGGGUUAUUCAUAAGGGUUAUUCAUAAUUAUCCUUUUUUUAUUGAUCCAUUUUAUAAGUUUACAGAUCAAAAAAUCAGAGCCAGGAUUGCAAGGAAUACUAUUUUUUUAUCAUAUUCAGUUAGAAGUGAGUGAAGCAAUACUGCCAAGCAGACUAAUAUGUGAUUGUAAAAAGCACCUGCCUGUACUGCCCACCUUUGUUAUUAUCCAUCACGAUCCUCAUAAUUUUCAUGGCUUACCCUGGGGCCAAAUAACCAGUCCUGUACUGUAGAGUAUUGUGUUUUACAAUGAAUAAUUCCCAGAUUGGGGAGCAAAUAUAAAGUUACAGUAAACAGUUCCUUUGUUAGUGCACACUGCAGAUUGUGCUAUAAAUUUCCAGGAGUAUUUUGCCCCAUGUUUAUUUGCCUCCAAGUGUCAGCAGCAGGGUUUUAAAAGGACAUUGUUGAUACUUUGAUAUAUAUAUAUACAAUAUAUUAUUGUGAAAAGUAUAAGGAUCGUGUGUGGAUGAGAGGUCUUGUGUUUCUUCCUUGUGUCACUGAUGGGAUCUUGUUUGAAUGCCUACAGAAAUUAAUACUUUUUGCGUAGGCAGUAUUUUUUAUUUGUGUAGGUACAGUAGCUAAAACAACCAUCUGUGCAGGUGGGGGUCGAUAUGCUCCGAAAUUUUGUGUGACUAGUGACAGCCCUCAUAUACCAAAAUUUAUUGUCCAUGGUCUCAUAUUGUUUCCCGCAAAGUAUGCACAAAUAGUUGUUUUAGCUACUGUACGUAAGUAUAUAUUUUCCUUUCAUCUCUUUAACUGAAUUAGAAUUUAAAGUACUAUAUAUUAACCCAAAUGCUGCCAAAGGUGAUUUAAUGUGUUUAGUGCUCAUUAAACAAAAAAUAAAUAAUUCGGAAAUAUUGACCAAUUAAAUUGCGGAGAUGAUGCUAGAGUUUUGGUUUUCAGUCUAAACACGAGUAUUGAGCAUAUUGAAUGCAGUUGCAUAGCACCUUUACUGGGAGUCUUUCAAGAUAGAAUAUAAGCAUCACUAAUGUUGUUUGAUAUUCAGGGAAAUGAACUCCUCGUGUAUUUAUCUUUGGUGCCAUCCAUGCAUAUUCAGGUACUGUACAUUAUUACACCAACGCCUCAGAUCUUAAGAUUCCGUUUAUUGUAGUCUUGAUUAUAGAGAGUUCCUUAAGUUAGAUGACUCUUCUGUGUUACAUUCUUUACUUGGAGACCAUGUAAUAUAAACUUAAAUGUAAUGUUGAUUCAUAAAGUUAUUAUCAUUUGCUUAUGAAUUAUCAACCCAGUAUUGGAGUUGAGGAUUGCUACCUCACCACUAACAGUCCACUACUACAGCACCAGUUGGUAAUCUUCCACAGCAUACUUUAACGUUUUGAUCCUUCCAUUUCUGUUUUCAUCACCUUUUUCCUUUCCGUAGUUGUUGGUGACUCAGGCUUUCAUUUUUCUCCUCUAAGUAGCCUGUCUCUUGUAUCCUCUACUGUGAAUCCUCUCCAUUUUAUGUUUUUCUGUUGUACAUCUUUUUGUGUUUGUUGUGGUCAUUCUCUCCUGUCCAUCUGACAAAUAUUCUUUGUUUUCUCUUUUUUUCCUGAUAACCUUGUUCCUCUUACCUACUGUAGUAUGACUCAAUAGACAUAAAGUCUCAUUUUAAGAAAUGUCUUUAGUACCUUUAGUGAAGACCGUACACUACAGUAUUUGGGUCCUUACCAUGAAUUCCUGAUAAUCUAAUUAGUUUCUCUUUAUAAGUGAAAUGAAAAAAAAAAUGGAUAGAAACAAUAAUAUCUAUAAAUCAAAAGAAACAGUAACUAAUAAGAGUAAGGAACUGCAACAUGAUUAGAAGAGAAUAACUAAGAGUAUUCCCCUGAGUAAUGCUUCAUUAUACAGUACACCCUAUGUACAGUACGGGUAAUUGACUGAGGAUUAUAUGGCAGUUUGCAUUUAUAGGAAUUGAAAUAUGUGAUUAAGAUUGCUAGACUAAAAUCCUUAGAAUAUAGUAUUUCCAAAUUUCCCAGAGAAAAGCAUUGAAUAAGCAGUUGAGGAAAUCAUCAAAUAUGGAAACAAAAAUUUAUUUUGAUAUAAAAGUUGUGAUUGUGAGGCAGAUCUUUUAUAAAGGAAUACAUAUGGAAAAUAAAUGUACUUUCCCUGGAUGAAUGAGGCGAACUGGUACACUGCUGACAAAUGUGAUUUUCCUUAACUCACAAUACUGUAUAAUACCUGUACUCUUGGAUGCUGUCACCAUACUCCCAAGCCACUCAACUCUUGGCCUUCACAAGAUUGCUCUUUUCAUAUGUCUGCAUUUUGGAGUGUGUAAAAGUAUGAUUCUGUACUGUCUUUCUUUUUCUUAAUUUGGUUUCUGAUCAACAUUUGUUCUACACAUUUUACCUUGGACAAACUAUACAGUACAGUACUCAGGGGUUGCCUAUAGGGGUGCAUAGAGACCUCUUGAUUAAUAGGUCAACAGUCAAAACUGCUGUGGGUAUAUUUUAUCAUUUAUGGUCAUCUUGUUAUGCCUGUGACCAUUAGUCAGUUUAGUUAGAGGUAAUGCAAUUCUGUUAUCUCCUGUAAUCAAGAUUUAAGUAAAAUGGGUCCUAAAAAGAGAGGUAGAUCUUUUAUGCUGAAGAUCAGUACUAUUACUUGUUAUAUAAAUGUAUCCUAUUAUUUAGUUUGUUAUCUGAAAUUUUAUUUGAAAAAUAAGAUUAUUUUCUUAAUUUUUUCUUAAGUAGCACUUCAUAUGAGAUGCACCAUUUACAUGUUUGUAAGCUACUGUUAGUGAAGCAACAGAUAUUGGUUCACCAACUUUGUUUUAUUGACUGAGUAACAUAUUUGUUAAAUACAUUUAUUUUUUGAUUAUGAGAAUUGUAAUAGUAAUGUGAUAUUUCCUUUCUAUUUUUUAACACAAUUUUUCCAUGACAGGUAACUAAGCAAUAUAGAAGCACUUAUACUUAAAGAAGGAUUAAAAUUUUUCCUCAUACUAUAUAACAGGGAUCACCAGAGAAAACCAUUUACAAGUGGCAGCAUCUGAUAAAGUGUAUUGUGAUUGUGUAAAUAUAAUUUCACAUUCAUUCCCCUGUUUAUUACUUGGUAAUCCAGCAUAGCCAUUGAAACUGUACUGGGGAAACACUGGUGUAUGUAAAAUUAAGCAUCAUUUGUAAUCACCAAUGAAUCUGCAAAAUACUGAGACAAAAAAUUUUCAAAAUUGUUUUGAACUGUAAAGCAUGGCGGACAAAGCUUUUUACCGUGGUGCUAAAAAUUCAAGUGUGGCUGGCUCACACACUUCAGCCCUUCAUGGUGAUUCCUGUGUAAGGUCUGACUUUCUUUCUGUGCUGUAUUAAGAGUUUGAGAAUUUGUCUCAAUGUACAAAACUUAUCUGUAUAAACUUAUGUGUAUUCACCAACUUAUACAUAGUGAUUCGUGUUCUUAUUUGCUUUUAUAUGUGAAAAUAAUCAGUUUAACAAUAAUGAGAAAAACAUUGGGAAAAUUCUGCUCUCAGGGCAGUUUGAAAUACAUCACUUAGGAUUAGGUUGUAGUUUCAUAAGUAUAUUAAUGGUCAGUAGUUGUAUUAAAAGAUACAGCAGUUAUGAAAGACAAUAAAACACGAUAUUACUUUGGUUG